AUGGGCACGGCAACUUGCGUUGACAUCAUCAUAGCCAUCCUCUUGCCUCCUCUUGGUGUCUUCCUCAAGUUCGGCUGCGAAGCGGAAUUUUGGAUCUGUUUGAUUUUGACUAUUUUUGGUUAUCUCCCUGGUAUUAUCUAUGCCAUCUACAUCCUCACCAAGUGA